AUGGGGAUUCUAGGUCUUUCAAAGUUACUCUAUGAUCGCUCACCCACUGCCGUAAAGGAGCGCGAGCUAAAGUGCUACUUUGGCCGACGUAUCGCCAUUGAUGCUUCCAUGACGAUAUACCAGUUCCUCAUCGCCAUGAAGGGCUUUCAGGAUGGGCAGGGCGUGGAGCUGACCAACGAAUCGGGAGAAGUCACGUCACACCUGAACGGUCUCUUUGCCCGUACGCUGCGGAUGGUGGAUGAAGGCCUGAAGCCCAUCUAUGUCUUUGAUGGCAAGCCGCCCACAUUAAAGGCAUCAGAAUUAGAGAGCCGGCGCCAUCGCGCCGAGGAGGCACAGCAGCAGUUCGACAAGGCCAAGGAGGAGGGGGAUGAUGAGGCGAUGGAAAAAAUGAGCAAGCGGACGGUGCGGGUGUCGAAAGAACAGAUGGAGGAGGCCAAAAAAUUGCUGCAGCUGAUGGGCAUUCCCGUUGUGCAGGCGCCGUCUGAGGCGGAGGCGCAGUGUGCGGAGUUGGUGAAGAAGAACAAGGCGUGGGCUGUGGGCACGGAGGACAUGGAUGCCCUUACCUUCGGCUCCUCCAUCAUGCUGCGGCACCUGACGUACAGUGAGGCCAAGAAGCGUCCUAUCGCUGAGUAUCACCUUGAUGAGAUCCUGGAGGGUGCUGGGCUGACGAUGGAGCAGUUCAUUGACCUCUGCAUCCUACUAGGUUGUGAUUACGUACCUAAGAUCCCUGGCAUUGGUCCGCAGAAGGCGUGGGAGGGCAUCAAGAAGCACGGCAACAUCGAAGGGCUCCUCGCAUCCCUCGACACCGCCAAGCACCCGGUGCCGGAGGGGUUUCAUUACGAGGAGGCGCGCCAGUUUUUCCUCACCCCGGAGGUAACACCUGCAGAGGAGAUUGACAUUCAGUUCCGCGAACCAGACGAGGCGGGGCUCCUGCAGUAUCUAGUGGAGGAGAAGUUGUUCAACAGAGACCGCGUUGUGAAGGGGAUUCAGCGGCUCCGCGAUGCCCUGGUAAAGAAGUCCCAGGGCCGGCUAGAUCAGUACUUCACCUUCAGCAAGCCGGCGACGAAGCCCGCCGCCGCGGAGUCGACAGCCGGGGCGAAGAGGAGCCGCAGUGCCGUUGCCUUAUCGGGGACGCUCCUGCGCAAAGGGUCCGCUGGACACAAGCGAGCUGUGAAGAAAUAA